CACUACCGUCAUUAUUAUUGUACCUACAAGAAGUGUAAAAUAUAUGAUUUGUAAAAAUGUGAUUGGAAAUAUAGAACAAUACAUAACUGUUUUCCUGAGUUAUAAAUCAUUUGCAGAAAUUGGUCUCAUUAUAUGGCCCUGAGUAGAGCAAUAGAAAAAAUUGUGCAAAGAAUCAUAAAAAUGGAACUCUAUCCUCAUAGGCUGAUUGUUAAAUUAACUUUACAAUCCAUGCUUGAUUAUAAAAUUUAUAAAUUUGGAAACCAGUAAAUCGACAAUAUAUUUAAAUUGCCCGCUAUAAAAAUCGAGUUAUCAAAAGUACCGAUCGAUAGAAAACGAUAUAUAGAAUGUGCAUACGAAACAAAAUUCAAAAUCCGUUGAAAACGGCAGGUAUAUUUUGUCUGUAUUGUUAUCUUAUGCGUAUGCGAUUAAAAUAUCAUGAACAAUGUGAUUAAUUACCCUUCUUGUAUAAAAAUUGUUAAAUUUUGCAGCCUCCUACAAAUGUAAAACAAAGUGCAACUAUUACAAUGUCUUCUCAAAAAUUUGAUAUUAAAGAAGCAAUAACGUUAAACGAUGAAUUAAUAUCAUUAGCAAAUAAAACUUUUGGAGAAAGAAAAUGGAAUCAUAGUGUUACUAGUCAAACAAUUGAUUUUGUAGAAUCUUUUAUGGGUAAAUAUAUUUGUGGAUGUGUUACAUUCAUUAAAAUUCAGUUACAAGAUGGAACAUUUCAUGAAGACAUAGGAUAUUGUCAUGCAGAAGGAGCCAUUAAAGGUUUAUCAAUACAUUGUGCACGGAUUGGUUCUCUCGUGGAUGCCUUUAAAAAAACAUUAUCAUGCUUUGGCAAUGAACUGGCAAAUCAAAUAAAGAAGCUCUCAAAAAAGUUAACAAACUCUAAUACAUGUAAUGUUGAAAAGGAAGACUUGCAUCUCUCUAUACAAAGCAUACCAGCUGAUUUACUUGAACCAUGUGCACAAUCAACUCCACUUAUAAGUAAUAAAAAUGAAAAUACUUGUAAACCUAUCACUUCAGUUAAUGAAGAAAAGCAGUCAUUGACAAGACCAAAAAGUCCUGUUGGACAAAGAGGACAAACAAUAAUACAACAUUCAUCUAUACCUGUAAAAGUUGAAAAUGGUGUAAAAGAUCAAUUACAGUCUAAUGACACGAAUUUUCAAAAUGAACCAGAACAUAAAGCUCAAGAUUCGAAAAAAGUAUUAAGUGAAGAGGAAUUACAACGGUUAGAACGAAAGCGAAAACAGAUGGAGAAACAAGCUGAGUACAAAAGACUUAUGAGGGAAAAAGAACAACAAAAAUUAAAUGAGAAUAAGAAACCCAAUCCCAAAUAUUAAUCAUUAAAAUAAGGUGAUACAUAUUGUCGAUUUCAUGAAUGACCAGAGUCGUUUCAGAUAGCUCGAUCGAACUCCCGAGAUUUCAGGAAAAUAAAAAAUCACCAGGUAUGCACGUCAGAAUCGUCGUAAAAACGCUUGCGCGUUAGGCUUAGUUACUACAAAGUAUGUACCAAUCAGAGCCAGCACGAGCAGAAUGACCGAAUGUCAUUCAUUCGACAAUCUUAGUUUCUCGUGAAAUCGACAAUAUAAAUUUUACAUAUAUAAAAUAUAUUGUAAAAUGUACAAAAAAUAACCUUAUAAUAUAUACAUGUAUCACUGUAAUUAUAAUGAUAUAUUUUGAUAAAGACAACAUAUAAUUAUUUUUAUAGAAAUUUUACACUUGGUUUCGGCUUAAAAAUUAAGGUUAUAAACUGCCCAAAACGAAUUUUAGUAGAUUAAAAACAAACAUCUAAUGUAGGUUUUGAAAAUAAAUAUUUCAUUCCUGUUAUAAUCAUAGACUUAUUUUCCAGAAAUAUCACAAAAUUUUUUAACUUUAAAUUGAAAACUACUGUAAAAUAAUACUGUACA